AGAGUAACGGCAACCGGGAGCGCGCGCAGUGAUGGUGUUGAGAAAGCGAUCAAGAUCCGCGUUGACUUUCUCCUGCUGACAUUACAGAGAGUGUGUUCAUUUGUUAGUAGGUCUGUCCGAGACACGUUUUUUCAGUCAGCACUGCAGUUUUACAGUACCAACAGGACUUACCAACAGGGAUUCACUGCGCUCUGCUGGCUCUGCGUUACAGCCAUGGGUUCAGUGUGAGUGAAGAGACAAAAGACUUUUGGAUAUAUAUCAUAUAUGUUUGGCUUUUGGUGUGUUUCUCAAAUGCAAACGGAAAUAUGUGGCAAAGCUUCGUCCUACUGUUAACCGGUUUGCUUGGGUUGUGCUCAUGUUCAAGUUUCCCAAGUAACAUCAACAUAGGAGGUUUGUUUCCAACCGACUCCCAUGAAUACGAUGUGUUCCGUUUCGCGCUCUCGCAGCACAAUGAUGUCCCUAAACUGGUACCACAAGUGGACAUGGUGGACACGGGGAGCAGCUUUGCUAUGACAUACGCCUUUUGUUCACAGUUCUCCAAAGGAGUCUACGCCAUCAUCGGUCUGUAUGACAGGAAGACCAUGAACAUGCUGAUGUCGUUCUGUGGCGCUUUGCACGUAUGUUUCGUCACGCCGAGCUUCCCCAUCGACACCAACAACCAGUUUGUGAUCCAGCUGAGACCUGAGCUCCAGGAUGCUCUGAUCGCCCUCGUCGAGCACUACAAGUGGAAUAAGUUCGUCUACAUGUACAGCUCAGACUCAGGUCUGACAGUGUUGCAGAAGAUCUUAGACACUGCAGCUGAGAAGACCUGGCAGGUGACGUCCAUAAACUUUGACACACUGACAGAAGCGGCAUUCCUGAAAGCCAUCCAAGAUCUGGAUAAUAAGAAGGAGUUCAAGAUCAUUCUGGACUGUGAGCUGGAGAGACUCAACUCCAUCUUAAACCUGAUCGCAGCGCAGAAAAAAAACUUGAAGAACUACCAUUACAUACUAGCAAACCUGGGAUUUCUGGAUCUUAAUCUCACUGAGUUCAGGAAGGGAGGUGCAAAUGUGACAGGCUUCCAGCUGAUGAACUACACAAACCCUACUGUCAGCAGGACAAUACAGGACUGGCUGGAGUUUGACAGUAAAGACUUGAAAAGCCCCAAAAGGAGACUCAAGUACACUGGAGCACUCACAUAUGACGGGGUGACUGUCAUGGCCACUGCCUUCCAGAAUCUGAGAAAGCAGCGCAUUGAUAUCUCACGCAGGGGGAAUGCAGGAGAGUGUCUGGCGAACCCUCCAGCACCCUGGGGUCAGGGCAUCGACAUCCAGAGAGCCUUACAGCAGGUGCAGUUUGAAGGACUUACAGGACAUGUUCAGUUUAAUGACAAAGGACAUCGAACCAAUUUCACUGUCAGUGUGAUGGAGUUUGGCCCAAGCGGACCCAAAAAAGUGGGCUACUGGAAUCAACGUGAGAAAUAUGUGAGCACAGCUACUUACAGCAACAUGCUCAACGAGACGUUCGGACUGCAAAACAGGACCUACGUCGUCACUACCAUCCUGGAAGCUCCAUAUGUGAUGCUGAAGAAGAACCACGAGCAGCUAGUAGGGAAUGAUAAAUAUGAGGGUUAUUGUGUGGAGCUUGCGGCAGAAAUCGCCAAACACGUGGGCUAUUCCUACAGACUAGAGCUCGUGGGAGAUGGAAAGUAUGGAGCCAGAGAUGCAGAGACAAUGAUGUGGAAUGGGAUGGUUGGAGAACUAGUGUAUGGCAAAGCAGAUGUUGCUGUGGCCCCCCUCACCAUCACACUGGUCAGAGAAGAGGUCAUUGACUUCUCCAAGCCCUUCAUGAGCUUAGGAAUCUCCAUCAUGAUCAAGAAACCCACCAAAUCCAAACCAGGCGUCUUCUCGUUCCUGGACCCGCUGGCCUAUGAGAUCUGGAUGUGCAUUGUGUUUGCUUAUAUUGGUGUGAGUGUGGUGCUGUUCCUGGUCAGCCGCUUCAGUCCAUACGAGUGGCAUGCAGAUGAUGAAGAGGAAACAGCAGAUCAGCAAAACCAGAACCAACCACCGUCGCCAGAACCAAACCAGUCGCCAAACCAGAGUCAGAACCAGCGAGAGGAGAAGCAGGAGAAACAACCGGAGCACACCAAUGAGUUUGGGAUCUUCAACAGCCUGUGGUUUUCCCUCGGAGCCUUUAUGCAGCAAGGAUGCGAUAUCUCACCAAGAUCUCUCUCUGGUCGUAUAGUCGGAGGUGUGUGGUGGUUCUUCACUCUGAUUAUCAUCUCCUCCUACACAGCCAACCUGGCUGCCUUCCUCACUGUGGAAAGGAUGGUUUCACCCAUUGAGAGUGCAGAGGAUUUGGCUAAGCAAACUGAGAUUGCUUAUGGGACUCUGGAUGGAGGAUCCACUAAAGAGUUCUUCAGGAGAUCAAAAAUCGCAGUAUUUGAGAAGAUGUGGUCCUACAUGAAGUCUGCAGAGCCUACAGUGUUUGUGAAGACAACAGACGAAGGCGUCGUUCGAGUAAGAAAGUCCAAAGGGAAGUAUGCUUAUCUGCUGGAGUCCACAAUGAAUGAAUAUAUCGAGCAGCGCAAACCUUGUGACACCAUGAAGGUGGGAGGAAACUUGGACUCAAAGGGUUAUGGAGUGGCCACACCUAAAGGAUCUGCUUUGAGAAACCCAGUAAACCUGGCAGUGUUAAAACUGAACGAGCAGGGCCUGUUGGACAAAUUGAAAAACAAAUGGUGGUACGACAAGGGAGAGUGUGGCAGCGGAGGAGGUGAUUCCAAGGAUAAGACCAGUGCUCUGAGCCUCAGUAAUGUGGCUGGAGUUUUCUACAUUCUGAUUGGUGGACUUGGGCUGGCCAUGCUGGUGGCCCUGGUCGAGUUCUGUUACAAAUCAAGAAUCGAGUCUCGAAGGAUGAAGCAAAUCAUUGAUGCUGCAAUGCUCAGCUCCACACUGACUAGGAUGGGUAGUGGAGGUGAGAAUGGUCGUGUGAUGGCCCAUGACUUCCCCAAAGGGGCACAGACUCUGCCAUGUAUGGGCCAGGCGGCCGCCAUGGGCCUCAGCACCACUGGGAUGUAAACAGCCAUCAUCCUCCCCGAAAUGACGGGACAUCAGGAGACUAGUGGAAAGAGUGGAAGAUGAUGUGAGAGACACUGCAGUGUACAUCUCACCUGCCACUGAAGUACUGCCAAAUGGAUUCAUGGACACAUUCUGGGCUCCAAAUGAAAUUAGAUAAAGAUGGAGGAAAAUUACUUUUUUAAUAUCAGGAUGUGGCUGUUUCUUUCUUUUUUUUCUUUUUUUUUUUUUUUGAAUAUCUUUUGCAAUAAGGAGACCAUGUGUGAGGUGUUUUUGUAUGAAGUUUCACUUUUGACAAAACUGGGUUUUCCUUCAAUUCUACACAAAAAUUACUGACAAUGUUUUUUGUCAUUUCAUUGUCCACAAAUCCCUCCGAAUUUCCUGAUUAUGAUCAUUUUAUUCUCUUCAUCUGCCUUCUGAUAUAUCCAACAAACAUCUGAAGGACAUUUUAUUUGACAUAUUUUUCCAUAGUUUCAAAUCAUUUUUACACUAUCAGAUAGUGAAGGUGAAGUAUGUAAUUUCUGUGUUACUGGCAUACCCAUGGCGAAUUGCAAAAGUGUGUUCAUCAUUGAUUGGAAAAACCAAUAUUCCUCUCCUUAAAUCACAAGUUGGCUGGGUUAGGAAGUACAUCAUCUAAUACUUACUACAGUAUAUAAUGUGAAAAAGGGGACAGUUGAAAAUCAAAUGAUUGAAAUGCAGAGCACUUUCAAAAGAUUUAUGCUCACCAGGCACAGCUAUACAAUCCGAAUAAAUGUCAACUAACA